UUCUAGAGAGAGAAAACUCUUUUUUUUUUUUUUUUUCUUUUUAAAUUUCUUUUUUGAAAUUUUAAUCCUAAAGAGAGAAAGUGAAGAAUUGCUAAAUGCUUGUGAGUUGUGACUGAGAGCUCUGGGAAGAGGAAGAGUAUUUCACAAGCUCACUGCCUUCGCUGAUUUUGAGGCAUCACAAACAGAGAGAGAGAGAGAGAGAGAGAGAGAGAGAGAGAGAGAGAGAGAACAAGCAAUUGCUGAACUAAUUUCAGUCAUACCCAUUAAAUUUUUUUUCCCAAUUUCUUCUUCUUUUUGCAUUUGGGUCUCUUUUUUUUUUUUUUUUUUUUUCUCUCUUUAUUCCUAUAAUCUUCUCCCUCAUCGGCGGAAAGGAGGUUAGUUUUCCUCUUCCUUCUUCAAUGCCGUUGUUUCCCUUUUUCUUCUCCCUCUUUUUCCGAUCAUUUUGAUGCAUUUUGGGGUUUUUUUUGUGCCUGUUGUUCUUGAUUUUUUGUUUGUUUUGUACUGAUGUUUCUCCGAUCUCUGCAUGUUUAAUUAUUUUGUUCAUUUGAGAGGAUUUGAGGAUUGGUUCAUGGUUUUGAUCGAUUUCGGACUGUUUUGAUUUUCAUUUUCACUGUUUGCAUGUUUAAUUACAGAUAUUGGAUUCUUCAUCUGGAUUUUUUUUUAAAAAAAGAGACCAAUGAACUUUCUAGAAACUUCUCGGCCUUUUGAUUCGUAGAUUUCUUUGUGUUUUACCCUUUUAUGACUCAUUUAAACUGCUGGUGCUUCCAACCUAUUUUCCUAUCAAAUCUGUUUGUAUUUUCUUUUUCUUGGUGUUAUUUGUUGGGAAAACUGGAAAUCAUGAUUAAGAUGAUUAUUUCUUUUAUCAUCAUGCUGUCUGUUUCUCUCAGUUGGGUUAAUUUUCCUUUCUUCUUGUUCUUCUUCCGUUGAAAUAUCUCAUUUUCAUGUUACAGGAAUCAAGCUUAGCCAUUGCCAGAGACAAGCAUUUGCAGUGUUUGAAGGGAAAGUUGAGUAAGAGGAACAGAUUGGUUCAUAGAGAGAGAGAUCAGUUCCUCUUUUACAUCAGCUAUAACAAUGGCUGAUUCUGGUUCUGAGUUGUGUCCUGUUCAGUCUGUUGUGUUGGGGCACAAAUCCAAAAGCAACUCCUUUUUCAGUGCCCCUGGUCUCUUUGUUGGCUUAAAUUUCAAAGUGGCUUCAGAUUCUGAUUCAGUCAGGAGUCCCACCUCUCCUUUAGAACUUAGGGUGUUUUCAAAUCUUAGCAACUCCGUAGGGUCCCCUAAAUCAUCCCAUGAUGGACAUAGAAGGAGCUGGGGUUGUAGUAAAGUAGGAUUAGGGAUUGUUGAUUCUCUUGAUGAUGAUAAUAAGCUGUCUGGUAAAGCUCUUGGAUCAUUUGAGCGUAAGAACAUCAUUUUUGGACCUCAAGUGAGAACCAAGAAUCAGACCCCAAAUCUUCAAAUUGACACAGUUUUUCCCCAGGCAGGUCCUAGAUCUUUACCUAAAAAUUGUCCCAAUUUUCCCCCACCGCAGCUCAAAACACCGAGCUACAGCUCGGAGGUUCUCUUUGAAAUUGGAGAACCAUUAGAAUUCAAACCUUCAAAGAAGAGUGGGGCGUGUUCCUUGGACUCGCCUCGGUUUGUUUCAGCAUCUUAUGGUGCAAAAGGUCGUAGCUUCUUUCAUUCUACGAAUCCAUUUGUGAAGAAAGUGACCACGAAUGGUGAUUCUGAGCCUCAAGACAAAACUUUGUCUGCAGAUAUUUCAACCCCGGCAUCUAUAACGGUGCCUGUUCCUGGAAUCAUCGAGUCUCUUUCCGCAAGCGAAAUCGAGCUUUCCGAGGAUUAUACCCGUGUGAUAUCCCACGGGGAGAAUCCAAAAACCACUCACAUUUUUGGUGACUGCAUUUUAGAAUGUCACUCUGAUGAUUUGAACAAUUUGAACAACUUGAACAAGAAUGAGAUGAAUGAGAUAGGAGCUCCUCUAUCAAUUAGAAGCAGCUUGGACAUUCCACCUUUGCAAUGUCAACCAAUUGAUUUUCUAAGUUUUUGUUACUUUUGUAACAAGAAACUUGAAAGUGGGAAAGACAUUUACAUUUACAGGGGCGAGAAGGCGUUCUGCAGCUCCGACUGCCGCUAUCAGGAGAUCAUGAUUGAAGAAGAACCGGAGAAACCCAUUAGCGAAAUUUUCCAACAUUCUUCAACAUCUGGAGAUGGUAAAGAAGAGAUCCAAACUCAUGGCACCAUUUUUGAAUAAACAAGUCGGUCUCCUCCACGGUGCUGAUCAUGACUGGUGAAAUUGUGGUAACAAAUGCUGCCCGGUCGUCUAUUAACCAAAGAGCUGUUCUCAUUUCAGCCAUGGAUGAUCCUUUGUACAUUUUGAUGAUGCAUUUGUUUGAUUUGCAUUUCACAUUCAGGAUCUGAGUGCAGGAUGAACUUACAAGACUUGUCUGUUUCCCUCCCCUCCCCUCUUUUUUUCUGAAAUCCACAUAAAUUUGACAAUUUCAUUGUCAAGUCAAGCUAGUAUUGGCCUUGUAGAAGAGUUCAUAGGGUUGAAGCCUGCUUUUAUGGCUCCCCAAUCUUCUAAUUUUCUGGCUUGUAUCUUUUUAAUGGCCAGAUAUUAUGAUGAUAUACUGAAAAGACUGAGCAACAUAUUUCUUUUUC